AUGACCCCUAUAGGUCUAGUGAACUUCUGCAGCACUGUCAAGUACCUUGAGUCACAUGUGCAUACCGAAGCGCGCUUGGGCCCAGUGAAAGAUCGAUUGUCUAAGUUUGGUAGCGGAGCCUGGUCUCCGUGUAAAGCCAAGCGACGCCAUAGGGCUGCCAAGGACUUCCGCGGUCCUGAGCUGGUUUGCCCAGCUCCCUUCACCUUCACGACGAUCCUUGGAGCCCGCUCAAUUCGACACAUCUGGUUGUUUCUGCUGAAGCUGGGCAUCGCUGUGCCCAACAACCAGACCGAGUGGACAAGAUCAGUUUUCGGCCUUUGCGGCCCCCAACAGUGUCACCCGCACUACGAGGUCAGUUGCCUGGGAAGGACACGACACUUCGUGGACAUCGAGCACGACUGCCUGAACGACUCCAGCACCGACAGCCUGAACGAUCUCGGCGCGAGGCGCCCGAGCUUGCACGGUCUCUACAGCCCGAGCGCCCUUGUCUUCGGCUACUUGAUCCUCGGCAAGCUCUUCGGCGCAAUGGCGACACCAGGAGGCGGAGGCAUCCCUUUGCACGAGUUCAGGAAAGAUGUGCCUCCUGGAUGGGCGCCAGGGAUACCAGACUAUCCCCUUCGUCUGUUCUUCGAGCGCUUGAAGCUGUGGUACUCUGUGUAUGAUGGAGACGACACCAUGGUUGGACCACUGGUGGCUGGGAGGCUGCAAGGCAAGGCGCAACGCCUUGGAAUGCAGCUGAGGCUACCCCGUCCUGACGGAGGAGUAGACGUCGGAUCGGAUGCCCUGGUGCGUCUGAGCAUAGAAGAAGUUCGAGAUCCCUACAACCCUUCGGUGGUGCUCCAACAACACUGCCCCUCUGGAGUUCAAGCUCUGUGCAACAGCUUGAGAGCUGCCUUCGGCGUCUCGGACCAAGAGAUGGUGAGUCGCUCCAUCGAAGACUUCAUGGAGUUUCGCAGAGGCAAGCUCAGCUUCUCCGAGUAUGCCGUCGAAUGGGAGAUCCGCUUGGAGGAGGCAACGGCUCGGGCUGGCUUCGAGGUCAACGAGGUGGCGAAGUUCUACCUGUUCUUCCGCAACUCAGGGCUUCCUGCUAAGCUCAUCGAGGACAUCAAGCUGCAGGUGCAAGGCGACAUGAGACGCUUCAUCGAGGCCAAGACCCUUGCGUUGCGACUUGUCAACAGAGGCACGGACGCCGGCGCCGAGCUCUACGUCGAGGAGAAUUGGAACGACGAGAACUACUUUGCUGAAGACUGGGAUGAGUACGACUGGACGGAAGAUGGCUGGUCCUGGGCCGAGGACUUCUACCAGGACGAGUCUCAGGAGUACGACGAAGACUUCUGGCCCCCAGAUGAAGGCUGGGAAUCUGGUGGCAACUGGGACAGCUGGAGCGGCUAUGGCGAUGACGCAGACGAUACAUCCGCUUCCGCUGUUUCUGGUGGAGGCGGCCUGCAGGCAGCCGCCUCCGAACGCGAUGGAGAUGGCAACGUCGUCGAGGGCAACUACCCGGUCAAAGGCAAGGGCAAAGGCAUUGGUUGCUCCAUAUGUGGCUCUCGCUGGCACACCGCUCCGUCUUGCCCCGUGAACAACUCCGGCAGUGGCUCUGGAAAGGGCUCUGGCUUUCGACCCUACAAAGGCAAGGGCUAUGGGUCCAGUAAGGGCUUCGGCAAGGGCAAGAAGGGCAAGAAGGGAAAAGGCAAGUCUCGCUGGACACCGCGUGGAAAAGGGUCUAGCGGUCGAAAGGGCUACGGCUACUAUGGCUACGUGGCAGAGAAGACACUGCGAAGCUGUUUUGGGGAACCAAGGCAGCUCACUCCGCCCGUCAAGACCAAGGCGGUGCACUUCCAGCUCGACGCAGACGACGAGGUCCCUGUCAUUGCCCUCGGUGGAGUCAAAGCGAUUGCAACAACCGAGAAGUCCGACAACGAGGAGCCAAAUGGUAGCGACCCUACAGCGACAUCUUCGUCUACUGCCAGUGGCACCAGCAACCCCGUGGUCAAGAGGUUGGACUUCUCUUUCGCAACGUCCAUCUACAGCGACCACGCGGCAUUCCACACCGUGAAGGGCGAAAAGCGUCGCGGGCUACUUGUCGAUCCAGGUGCAGCUUCUGGGUUGAUUGGAAGCGAAACGCUGCGAGAUCUGUUGGAGCAUUGUGCUCUACCUACUGGCAAGCAGGUCUCGUGGCGCUACGAUAAGCAAAACAGUGUGAGCGGCAUCUCAGGCACACAGGAGGCCACGCUCGGCGAGGUCUCCAUCCCAGUGCAGUUGGCCGGGGCCACUGGCUCUUUCAGUGCAGACGUCAUAGGCGGAGAAGGCUCUCUGUGUCCCGCCUUGCUAAGCAACCCUGCACUGCGGAAGCAGCGGGCGUCUAUCCUGACGGACUGGUUCAGCAAUGGCGAUGGAGUUCUGGCCACCUGGGAUGACAACCAUGGCUGGCACUACAUGCGAAUGCUCCUGACGGACUCCGGCCACUACCUGCUGCCCGUUGAUGACGCCCGCGAAGUGUCUGAGGAGACAACUAAGAAGGCAAACAAGCAGCUCUACCUGUGGGCAGCCGAGACGAGUCAGCAAUGGAACGAUGUGAGGCAUUGUUUCCUUCAAGGCUGCCCCAGUCGGGAAUGUGAGCGGUACCCGUCAUAUCCAUCCGCAACAUCCACUCCGAAAAGCACACCUUCAUCGCUACAAGGAGUCCAAUGUGAAAGUCGCGACAGCCAUGAACCAAGCGCGUCAACUACGGCGGACACAACAGCCACUUCAUGUGCUACCUCCAACGACGCAUUCACGCCAACACCCGCAUCCGCUACGACAUCUCCAGCUUCUACGACCAAGUACUCUACAAAGCCUUUUCUGGGAGAUCCUCCAGCGAGGAAGGAACGUGACACGUGGACAGUCGAAGGCAGCUACCUGAUCCGACAUCAUCGAACGCCUCGGAGGAUGCUAUUCACUCCUCCAUGCGCCAUCGACUGCCCCAUCGACCCGACCAUGGUUCUUGGCGACAGGAUCACUGAGAUCCGCGCGGUCGGCAAGAAGACAGUUCUGAAAGUGCUGAAGGACGACUGGAUAUGUGGCAGCAACAGCAACAAGGACCUGGAGUACCUUUGGACUGGCAAGACCAAGUUUCGCCUGUUGCAGCGGGAUGCUACUCCAGUGACAACACCAGAACCACUACAAGCACAACCUUCCUCUUCGCCUUCCACGGCCAACCAAGCAGCCAGUGAAACGCACUAUCUGGACCCGGAAGCGUUCCCAGCGUAUGAUGGCGACCACUUUCCUGAGCACUGGUCUGCUGAGCGAACAAAGCAGGCCCAACAGUACUACCGCGCCAUCCCCGAGGAGUUCUACACGAAGUCUGGACGACGACCCGUCACGCCGCGCAACGCUCGAGAAUGGCUACAGCAAGCGCGCGGUAAGGAACUUCGCUUUCAGUUUUGGGAAUGGUGCUCUGGUUCAGGGAGGCUGUCGCUAAUGCUGUUGCUGGCCAACUUCGUGGUCGGCUUCCCUGUGGACUAUCGGUAUGGCUGGGACCUUGGACAUGCUGGACAUCAGAAGCUUCUACACGAGUGUCAACAAUCUUUGCUGCCUGCGCACCUCUUUGCAGCGCCAAACCGUGGUCCAUGGUCCAUAGCUUCUGCUGGAAAAGAUCCGGCCAAACGUUCUUUCGAUCGGGCUGCUGAGCUUCCCACCUUGGAGUUCAUCUUUAACAGCGCCUCAUGGCAACACCACCACGAGCUUGGCUUCACGAUCGAGCAACCCACAGGGUCGGCGAUGUAUCGUGACAGUCCGGUUGCACGCCUGACGAACAUGGAGGGAGUCGGCGUGCAACGCCUGGACCAAUGUAUGCUGGGCGCUCAAGAUGAACAUCAAAAUCCCAUCCGAAAGGCGACUACCUUUCUCAGCAAUCGCAAAUGGAAAGUCCUCAUCAAGCGCUGCUCGGGCCACAAGGGUCGACCUCAUGGCGUUCUUCAAGGGCAAUGCAAUGGCUGCAACCGCACCACUUUGGCGGCCGUCUAUCCCAAGCGCUUGUGUCACGCGUUCGGUCAAGACCUUUGGCGACUUCUUCGUGCUGAUCAACUUCACACCUGCAAGCCCUGGCCGCGGACGUUGUUCUGGUUGCAUGGGUUCUUCUACAGCUGCGAAAAGUGUCGACUUGGUCGCGCAGCGCCGCCGGGCUGUGAGCACUCCCUGGCCCCCGGCGAGUGUCGCUAUGGUCAACCUGGUGUUCGUGGCGUACCUUCCGCGCGGACAACGCGUCAACCUCGUCCAACUUUGUCGGAUUUGGAGGACCCCACUGGUCCGUUCAAGUUUCUGGCGAAGUCCGGCGACUACAGCAUGAUUCGGCUGGCUGUGGACGCCUCUUUGCAGAUCACGGACGACAACCAGCUUUACCUCAAGGCCGCGCUCAUGCAGCUGGUGGAGUCUUGUCUCGACCUCUUUGCCAAGGAGAAGAGCGUGCAUAGUGACCACUGGGUCGAGGAUCCCAUCCUUCUCCGUGUCUUCCAGGACGUCUUCCUCGACACUUUCCAAGUCCUCGGUGUUCUUUGCUCGCUUCGUCCAUGGACUCGAAAAGUACCUGAUCCAUACCUGUCGUCGUCUGCGGCACCUUUGCGCUUGCUUGUGGAUGGGGCUUUGCGUUCUUGGCAGGUGCAUGCUGUCGAGGACAUGCGCCUGAUGGGCCACAGUCAACUUCAUGCUCCCGUCGACGAGGCCGACUGGCACAUCCAUUGCUUCGGCUACCGCACCGGCGACGCCGAUGUGGAUCGGCCCACUGCUUCCUCUUCUGCAGCUGCGCGGCCUCGGUCGGCGCAGCCGGCGGCCCCCUUCGUGCCGGAAAGAAAAGAGGAUGAGGAGAAGCUGGCGGCCCCUGGUGACGACGACUCUCUGGAGGAGACUUUCGACGCCGUGCGACCAGAGGCCGAAGGAGAUCCAGCCAGCAGAAAUGAAGAAGGCAAGAUCCUGAAGCCCCUCUUUGACUUUCGGAAGGUGUAUCGCAGACUGGCUGAUGAUGGAUUGGUGAGCAGCGACCCCCUGACAGCCAAACGACUUCUUCUUGGUCUACAUGAGAGGUUCUACCACGCGCCGAUUACGGACAUGAAGAACAUGUUGCUUCGAGCUGGAUUGUCUUCGGCUCUGUUUCCUCUGGCUGAAGAAGCGGUGAUGAACUGCAGCAUCUGUCGAAAGCAUGUGAGGCUUCCAAACAGACCACAAGUGAAAAUUGGAUCAAAUGCUGCAGCCUUCAACAUGAGAGUGCAGAUCGACCUCUACAUGUACAAGGAGACCUGGAUUCUGCUCAUGGUUGACGAAGCCACAAGGUACAAGGCGGCAGCGGCAGUGAAGUCGCGAGAGCUUGGAGAACUACUUGGAAAACUUCUGGACCACUGGUUCUUCACCUUCGGCCCGCCGCAACAGCUUGUGAUGGACCAAGAGUCAAGCCUGAUGAGUCAUGAAGCAGGACGAGAACUAGAGCGGUUCCAUGUGUCACGCAUUCCGAAGGGAACAACUUCUGGGCCAGCUGGCAAGCAACACACCGGCACCGGGCUAGUUGAACGUCAUGUGGGCCUGAUGGAGAUCACCAUGCAGAAGCUGGAAGCCGAACUUAAUCGUCAAGGCAUCCAGAUUGAACCGCAUGACCUCGCCCGAGAAGCAGCCAUGGCCCACAACCAGUCUCUCAACUAUGGCGGCGCAACGCCAAGCAUGGCAGUUUUUGGAGUGCUGCCUCGCCCCUUCUACCAGGAAGACAGCGAGACCAUCACGGCAGUGGCUGGCGCCUUGCAGACCGACGUCACACCCUUCGAAAAGGCCCUUCGCAUUCGACAGCUAGCAAUGAGCAUGGUGCAUAAGGCGGUGGCUGAGGACAGAAUCGCCCGAGCCAACAGGACCAGGCCCCAUAACCUGGACGUUGGAACGAUGGUCCCCGGAACGUCUAGAGUGGACUUCCACCGAGAGGUCGCUGGCGAUGUUGGAUGGCGAGGGCCCGCUACGCUGCUCAAGUUGAACCGAGAAGAGGGCUCAGCCAUUCUGGAGUUCCAAGGUCGUCCCUACUUGGUGAGCUUCAGACAUAUACGGCCUCACCAAGCAGGAGUCUUCGUCAGUAUGACUACCAUCCAGAUGGACAGCUUCCAGUGGUUGAAGAACGUCAUCGAGCAUGGCCCCCUCUACAAGGUCACAACGAUUGGAUGGGUGCCUCAGACAAAGAACAACGUGACGACGUGGACUCGGGCAUCCUCAGAAUCCCUGGCGUAUGGCGAAGCAUGGUCAAGGGUGUCAUCUCUUGGAAAGGCCUUGACCACCCGCAAUAUCGGAGGCGCUAUGAUGGGCCAAGGCAUUAAAACCUUGCAUCCUCCACGCCAGUCAGUCGGGAUUCUGCUCAUGUGGAAGCAAGGGGACACGGGGUACAGCAGCUACGAGCACAACAACGACGACCCGCUGACCAUGAAGAAGAUCACAUCAAUACCCACAGAGAAGCUUGUGGUUCUCUACAUCUUCUGCUACGUGUUCCCAGAGUACGAGAUUGUGCCAAAGUUGAAGGUGGUUCCCCCUGAAGGAGAGCAAGUAAAGGCUAUGGAAGUCGACGAUGCAGGAACCAAUGCUGGAGCAGCGUCUUCCUCUUCGCCGCAAUCUUCGUCUCCUUCCUCAGGAGGAACUGCGCUGCCGGCAUCAUCUGUGCCACCUGCCGACAUGGACGUGGAUGUCCAGGGCCACAAGCGAAAGGGUCUCGAUAGCAGAACAGUCACCAUUGCUCCAGAGACGAAAAAAAGCAAGCUGGACACGUACCUGGACAUGGCCCGGUCUGAGAAGGUCCACACAGUGUCCCAGCACAACUGGCUGAACAUCUACGAGUUGAUGUCCAGAAAGCAGCUUCACUCCACAGAGUACCCCAUGAGUUGGCUGUUGGAGGACAACAACCAUCUCACGGCGCAGUGGGAUAUUUACAUGAGCCGGAACUACUCCGACCUGGUCAAUGAUGAGUCAGCUCAGUGGGGCAGCAAACAAACGCAGGCCUACGUGACAUCGACUUCCUCAGCGGGACCUUCUCUUCGUGUCAGCCAGUACCUCUUCACGUGGCCGGGCAGAACCAGCCAAGAGCUGCUAGUCGACAUGAACACUUGCAAGAUAUACAAGGUCGACGAGGAGACGGACAACCUGACAGAGCAGGAAUGCUACGACGUCUGGGACCAGGUCGACAGCGCCGACGAAGCAGAGAUCAAGCAGUUUGUGGACACCAAGUGCUUCUCUAAGAUCCACGUGAAUGCGCUGACAGACGGCAUGGUGGUCGUCGACUGCGUGUGGGUCCGAAAGUGGAAACGCCAGCCCGAUGGCACACGCAAGGUUAAGUCAAGGAUGUGUGCCCGGGGCUGUUUCGACAAGCAGAAGGACAUGUUGUCGACUCGGAGCACCACAGCAACGCGGCUGAGUCAGCGCAUCCUCUUGAGCACUGCGGCCAACGAGGGCUUCGACGUGGAAUCCUGGGAUGUUUCUGGGGCAUUCUUGAAGGGCCUCAGCUUCGAGAAGAUCCAGGAGAUGCUGAAGUCAAAAGGCAUCAAAGCUCCCACGAGGAAGGUCGCAGUCGUGGUUCCGAUGAACGUGUGGAGGCACUUGGCUAAGUUCGACAAAGCGUUUGAUGUUCGGGAAGACCAAGUGGGUUCCUACUUGCUGCUCUGCAACAAGCCCAUCUAUGGUCUCUCAGAUGCUCCACUGGCCUGGCAGCUGUGCCUCCAUGCUCACUUCGAGGCACAAGGAGGCGUGGCUAGUCUCUUGGACGAGAACCUCUUCAAGUGGAGCGAGAAGACAUCUGGCAGAGUGCUCGGUCUUACCACAACACAUGUUGACGACUGCGGCGCUGGCGGAAAGUCAACGUGGCUAAAGCAGCAGCUGGAGGCAUUGGUCAACGCCUUCGGAAAGGUCACUCGCCAGACACUUCCAUUUGUGCAUUGCGGUGUUCUGUACUCGCGGAUACCUGAUGGCUUCAGCAUGACUCAGGAUGCUUUCUGCGAGAAGUUGAAGCCCGUGGACGUGCCUGGACACAAGAAGGACGACGAGGCCUUGUGUCCCUCAGAGGUGACAGCUUUUCGGUCCAUUUUGGGCGGCUUGCUUUGGCUGACGGCUACAAGACUGGACUUGGUGGCCGACGUGUGCAUUUUGCAGGCGCAAGUGACACGAGCGAAAAUCGUGCACCUGAGACAGGCCAACAACGUGGUUCAGCGUGCGAAAAAGGAGCUGGGCCAGAACCUAGGUCUCCACUACAGGAAGUUAGUUCCACCUCUACGUCUUGCCAGCAUUCAUGAUUCAAGCGCAGCUGGCAACGACCGCGAGACAAAGCUCAUGGGUGGACGAUCCCACAUCCUGUGGGCUCAUGGUGCCAAGGCGAAGCGCAUCAGCUACAGCACGAGUCAUGCAGAGACUCUAGCAGCGAUCAGCGGCUUGGAGGCCAGCACCAUGGUAUCCAUCAGACUGGCCGAACUCCUGUACGUGGUCAAGAAGCCCACUAUCCAAGGAUUGGUGGCGUUGCAAGAACGUGGAGUUCCCGAGCUUCCGGUCGACGACUACACCGACUGCAAGGACUUCUUCGAGCUUGCGUCGGGCGACAAGUCGGUGGCGCAGGACAAGAACCAGCGGCUGUACAUCAUGGCUUUCCGCGAGGCAAGGCUCCAAGGCCGACUCCGGUGGAUCGUUCUGACCCCAACGGAAUCCAUGACGGCGGACGGCCUCACCAAGAGCAUGAUUGCGCCGCCACUCAUGAAGCUCUUGAGCACCGGCACCGUGCAGUUCGCUAACGCUGGAAAGCACCACAUGGUUCUCAGAACCCUUCCUUCGAUGGACGAAGUUUCUGACGACCUCUUUGACAUGACAGAUGCCGAGAUCAGAUCUGCUCGCUUCGUGGCAUCAAGUAUGUUCUGCGGCGUAACUUGGAAGCGCUCCACAUGCUACCUGGCCAUGUUUGCCACCAUUGCCGCGCCAACAUCGGCUACUUCCACGAGCUCUACGACGACCUCUACGUCAGCGACUACGGCGUCUCUCUGGGAAGAGGACUGGUCAUGGCUGGUCACUUUGGCAGGCAUCGUUCUGGCUACGGAAUGGAUGCUGUAUGGCGUGGCUCGCUACUACCUCAGCGGCAUCUUCUCAUGGUUUCGAACCAUCUCGACGUCGUCCACUUCAACCAGUUCUACGGGUACAGCAAGACCAACGACAUCGUCUUCUACACGACCGCCUACUACGUCUACAAGUUGCCAAACGCUGGAUCGCAGGACUGGGUGCCAAUUCACCGACGAGGAGGUGCAUGAGAUCGCCGCUCGCUUGGACUACGAAAACGGAUGUCUUCGAGAUCGCAUUCAAGAGCUGGAGACGCUGUUGGAAAACGACCGGCAGUAUGAGAGUCUUCAACAAGAAGAGGCACGUGCGCUGCGACAUCGCAUCAACGAGCUUCGACGAGAUGCUCAAGAACAUCGACAGCAGUGUCCACUGGGGCGCGAGAUCUACAUGACUGCUACGAACCGCGCCGACAUGAAGUGGCAUGCCAACCAGCAGUGUGUCCAUAUUCGUGGCAACGACCACAGGAAGUCAUUUCGCCAUUGCCUGACCUGUGCAGGAACUUAA